AUGGCCGAGCUUGCUGCUAUUGGACUCGCAAGCAAUCUUCUUCAAUUCGCCGAGCUUGGUGUCAAGCUCUUUCGACUUGCGCGCGAAUCCUACGAGUCUGGCUCUACCGCUCAAUAUGAGGCAUUGAGGGACCAGGCCAGGAGCGUUCAGGACCAGGAACAACAAGAUGCAUCCUGGUCCUUGAAGAACUUAUGCCUGCAAAGCGAAAGGCUGGAAGCCAGGACUUCAGACACAUUGAAAGAAAUCAUGGAGAAGGUCAAAGAAAUAGUUAAGAGUCUGAAAAACAAAGAGGAAGAGUGGGCUGGAGAGAACCAUAUUGCGAUCGCUAACCACUUCUUCUGGAUCAGCGGUAACAGCAUGCAAAAGUCUCGACAGGGUUUGCUGCAGACCCUGCUUUACAAGGUCUUGAAAGAGGUUCCAGGUCUGAUUGAAUCCGUCUGCGGAUCCCGGUGGCGAAAUUCCAGCCAUGGGUUUAUUGAGCCUUGGGACGAAGCUGAACUAAGCCAGGCUCUAUACAUGUUGACUUCGACAACUCGGCUACCAGUGAGCUUUUGCUUCUUCAUUGAUGGCCUCGACGAAUAUACUGCCGGUGCUAAGAAAUACCACGGCACGUUCGAAGAUCUAUUCCAAAUACUCUACAAGUUGGCCUCUAUACCAUGCGUUAAAAUCUGCGUAUCAAGCCGACCAUGGACCCAGUUCACAGAAUCAUUGGGUCCAAAGGUCGAAGAGUGGCAACUACGAAUAGAAGAUCUCAGCGGCGGCGACAUUGAGAACUACGUCAUGGCGACCUUGGGGAGCAAUCCCUAUUACAAACAGCUCGCUGAGAGAGAUUUCCGUUGUCAUCAGAUCGCCAAGACAAUUGUACAACGUGCACAAGGGGUGUUCUUGUGGGUUUAUCUUGUUGUCAAGUCCUUACAGAAUGGCCUUGUUCACGAGGACACCUACGAGGAACUCCAGUACAGACUGGAAUAUCUUCCCGGUGAUCUUGACGACUUUUUUCAGCACAUGAUUGAGUCGAUUGAGGACGUGUAUUGGGACAACAGCUACCGGUAUUUCAAGAUCAUGAUCGAAGCAGAUCAAGCUAUUCCACUUCUAGCUUUUGAGUUCCUAGACUGGGAAGCCAAAAGCCCUCAGUAUGGCCCUCAGUACGCGAUGAGAAUGAAGGUUGAGGUGUUCUCAGAGGAACAACUACAAUCCACUUAUGAGCGUGUAAGGAAGAGGGUUCACGCCAGAUGCAACGAUUUGCUGCAUAUCGAAAAGUCCUCUGUCAAUUUCUUUCAUCGAACCGCCCGGGACUUUUGCAUCGAUACUGGUGCCAUAGACAGAAUGGUAAAAAAGAGGGUAACGACCGAGUUCAAUCCGUCGCUAUCUCUUUGUAAAAUCAUGCUGGCACUGGUAAAAUCUCUAGGAGACUCCGUUUUGCACGGUGAUGGGCUGAUGCAUUUUGCUCGGAGAGUGGAAGAACAAUUCCACGAAGACAUAUUGAAGAAAGCCAAUUCUCCUCAACGGGCACAAGAGGAUUUGAGAGUUUCAUUCGACCUCCUAGACGAACUUGAUCGAUCAGUCGGCCAGAUGUUCAGAGAGCUUGAGCCGACACCAAGCAAGCAGCCAAAACGCCAGGGAGUUCACUGGGUCAACUUCAGACACAGCAACGAGGUGGGCUUUAGAGACCCCACAGGUAAGACGUUUCUUGCAGCGUCUAUUCAAGCGGGACUUUCUCUAUAUGUGGAAAGUAAGAUCAUGGAGGACCCGAGUCAAAUUAAGAGCAAGAGUGGACGACCACUGCUAGACUACUCCUUGCGGCGAACUAUGAGUAAUGCAUGGUUGUCACGGUCAACAGGGCUCGAAGGACCCAUCAGCUCAAUCGUGAAGCUUCUUUUGGAAAAUGGAGCGGAUCCUAAUGAGAAAAUGUCGCCGCAGAUCGGCGAGAUCGGCAUCAAAACCCCUUGGGAACAUUUCCUUCAAGGCUGUUACGACCAUGCGUCAAGGGUUCCCGAUACAGACUUGCAUGAAGAGGAGAUUGCCGAGACCAUGAUUUCUAUGAUAGACCAUGGCGCUGAUAGGAAUGCAUUAGCAUGGGCUGAAUCUGAUGGGGCCAGAGAGGCUGACAUUCCGGAGGUGGCUAGAAUGUCGGGGCUGUCAGAUUACGACGUCAACAGAGUCGAAAGCUCUCUUGAAAACGCCCAAGCGCGGGAGCAGAAGAAGAACCAGGAGAAUGAACGACCGACCUUGCAUUUGAAUAUUUUUGCGGUCUUGUUGAGUCUGUGGUGGCUGGAAAAGAAAGAUCGGCGAGCGGCGUACAUGCGUCUUCUUGUUGGUUUGUGGAACUUAGUUUGGUGGCCUAGGAGGUAG